ACGUCCACAUCCAAAAGGCGGGGUGACGUUCUCCACAUAAAUACUGGCAGUGCAUCGAGGCAUUAGAUGACCCUGUGAGUGAGUUGUCAUCAUCCGAGGAGCGCAUUUCACCGUGCGCAGGAUCUCUGGACUGAACUGAACUGAACUGUGAGGAAAAAUCCUGGAGAAUUAAUGAUAAUGUUAGUUUUUGCGCCUCUCACUGUGGAGAUUGGAUCGCGCUGACAUCAAGAAAAUGCGUCAUGAUGAAAAGUCAAGUGUGAUGCGGUUUCUCUUUCAUGCGACGUGGGAAAAGAGCGAGAAAGUGGAUUUUGACCCCAGUGAAAGUGCAUAUUUCCAAAACCGCAUGAAUACUACAGGAGACGCGCAUCACGCCACCGGAUAGUGGAGAGGAUACGGCGCACGGUACAGGAGCGCACAGCUAUUUCCUACUGUAAUCCAAACGGACAUCAGCACUCCCUUCUUUCAACAUGGACAGCUACAACUGGACGUCGAUGUCUGAGAAUGUCACCGUGUCUAUCCCCCAGCCCUACCCCAGCUACACCACCAACAAUUUCUCUGAGGUGCCCACACCAAUGCCCUUCAGCGUGGUCACUGCAGUCAUCUACGCCAUUGUCUUCAUUGUGGGAUUUCUGGGUAACACGCUGGUCAUCUAUGUGGUGGUCCGCUACACAAAGAUGAAAACAGUAACAAACAUGUACAUCCUUAAUUUAGCCCUGGCGGAUGAACUCUACAUCCUGGGAAUUCCUUUCCUUGGCACUAACAGUGCGCUUUCCUAUUGGCCGUAUGGGGAUUUCUUCUGCAAGGUGUGCAUGACUGCUGAUGCCAUGAGUCAGUUCACCUCCACCUUCUGCCUGACGGUGAUGAGCAUCGAUCGCUACCUGGCUGUGGUUUAUCCAAUUCAGAGCGCCAAAUGGAGGAAGCCACAGGUGGCCAAGGUUUUGAAUGGUAUGAUGUGGGUUGUGUCCUUCCUGAUUGUGCUGCCGGUCACCAUCUACUCGCAUGUACAGGAGGAGUUCAACACCUGCAACAUAAGCUGGCCUGAGCCACAUGAAUUGUGGUCCAUUGUCUUCAUCCUCUACACAUCCAUCCUGGGCUUCUUUGGUCCCCUGUUUGUCAUCAGCCUCUGCUACCUGCUCAUUGUCAUCAAGGUGAGGUCGGCAGGUGUGCGUGCAGGCCUGACUAAACGGCGGAAGUCGGAGCGUAAGGUGACACGCAUGGUGGUAAUCAUCGUGUUGGUGUUUGUGUUUUGCUGGCUGCCCUUCUUCAUUACCAACAUUGUCAACCUGUUUUAUAUCAUCCCUGAGAGCAAAACCACUGCUACUGUCUACUUCUUCCUGGUCAUCCUUACCUAUGUCAACUCCUGCGCCAACCCAAUCCUCUAUGGCUUCCUCUCUGACAACUUCAAGCAGGGAUUCCAGAAGGUGCUCUGCUUCCACAAACCAAAUGGUGUUACCACUGCAGACCAGAUGGGAGGUAGACAGACUGCACCCAAGUCUCUCCAGAUGGAGGUUGUUGGGAACUUUGACAAGGAGCCUUUCACCUCAAAAUUAGCAGUGAAUGGGCAGUGAUUGCUAUGACCCACCGUGUACUAGUGCACUAGCCACCACAUGGAACUUGGACAAUUUAUCCUUGGACCUUUCAUUGAUUGGUAUGUCCUGUCUUUAUCCUCGCUCUCUGACUGAGACAUUUCUGGAGAGGGCCAGAGGAGUCAAUGCUGGAGAGAAAACUACUUACAGCAUUCAUCACAUUAGAAUAAAGCAUUUUUGGUUGUACUCUGUGUCUUUGUACUGUUACCAGAUUGACUGCAUUAUACAAAACAGUUUCUGUAAUGAUGUAUGAUCUCAGUAUAAUACAAAAUGCAGUCAUGAGAGUUUCAAAUGCUGUAAAUUCUUGAAGAGCUCUAGUGAGAACCAGACUUUCUUGUCAAACAGAUGCAUACUACAGGCAUUCUUGGUUUCUUGAUUCUUUAUAUAUAUAAAUAUAUGUUAAAUAUAAAUAAAUAUUAAAUAUAUAUAUAUAGUAUUUUAGUAAGAAUCAUUGUUUUCUGAUCUGCUUUUGUUUAAUUUGUUUUCAUUUUUUAAAUGGAUACUCAACACUUCCUUUAUGUUUACCUGUUGCCUUGAUAAUUUCAUUGUAAUGCUCAUUUCACAGCACUAAGAGGCAUCUGCGCAGGAAGUGUUGAGUUAGCAGUACAAGCCAUCUUAACAACUAAUGACUGGAAUCAAACAGGGAGUGAGAACAAUAUUUAUGUUCAAGCAAUAGUUCAAUAUUUUGGGAAAUAGUAUUAUUAACAUUCUGUUGGAGAAUCAGAUGAGAAGACUGCUCUUUGUGUUUGUCUUAGUACAGAUAAGAUAAGCCUACAACCAAUAGGAGAUUAGCUUAGCAUUAAAAAACUACCUUGGCUUUGUCCAGCAGUAGCCUAUCAAUCUCAAAUUAUAAAAGCCACAAAUUGCUGUUUUUGUGCCUCCAUGCCAACAACAGUUGUAGCCAGAGGUAUUUUGUUUGCAGGUCUGUCAUCAUUCUCGUUUUUGGCCAUAACUCAUUCGCUAAUUCUGGAAAAAUUUUGCACAAAUGUUUAUAAUAGAAUAAAAUGAUGAAGUGAAGGCAUUUUAUAUCAAAAAGGUCAAAGGUCAACUUCACUAUGACAUCAUGCUAUUCUGCACUUUUCUGGCCAUUAUUCAACACCAUAAAUCAGAAAUAGAAGAAGAGAUCUUGAUCAAGUGUGUAGCUUGCAAAGCAUACAUCACAUUACUGAAGGUAAAGACGUUUUUCUUUGACUUUAGAGGACAGACAGGAGAGUGGUAUCAGUCAAGCAGCAAGCAAACAAGCAAAUUUCAAACAAGCAAAAAGUCCAACUAUUUCUUUAUAACUCAGAGCAAUAGAGUGAUGGAAUUAAUCCUGUGGAAAUGUACAAACUGAAUUAAAUUCAGUUUGUACAUUCGAGAAUUUACAGUAUUUGAUUUGCUACAACCAGAGUGAUAACUGUUCUCCUGGUUAGUGUAAAGCUGGUUGAGAUAUUUUUGAUGAUCGUGAUUGUUAUAUUUCUUUUGAGUUGUUAGUUUUGGUAGGCUUUUUGUGACAUUUCAACUUUAAUGUUACAAAGCUGUGAAAAAUGCCUUGAGAUAGCACAGCCAAGUAUUGUCCUCCAGUGGAUUUAUCUCUUCUCUCUCACAUUGUUAAAACAAACAUACUGUUGGAGUGGAUAACUUGGUGGAGUGAGAAAGCAUAUCAUUUCCCAGUCUCUGCAACAUACCUUAUCAUAUCCUGACUCACCUUUUAGCUGUGAGCUUUGACAUUUGAUACCAACAUCAUUGGGAAGGUGCUGGACAACACUGUAGCAUCUCCAUAGUUGUAACUUGAGCCAAGCAAAGACCAUGUUAAUGAUGUUUAUAGUGAAUUUGAGCUCAUGUGAAAAGCUACCCUGUAAGAUGGAGCUGUGGAAGCAUGGAUACCUUUCACAGGAGAAAAGGGAUUUAUUAGUGUUAGAAACACUGUGAAUUUUAAAAUGGUAGGUAAUUUUGAAUAUGGUGUUUUGAGUUCCUUGACGUCCUCACACAUAUAACAAAAAUGCUAACAGGGUUAUGUCAUUGUGAAUAUUAAAUAAUAAACGAUCAAGUAUGUUAUGCAUGCUCACUUUGCAUUAAUCCAACACAGUACAGUGUAGGGCUGCUGACAUGUGCCAGCAUGAAACAAAGCUCAUUUAUGUGUACAUUUAUCUUGUGAACAGCAAGCUGAUGUUUAUUGUUGCUGUGAUUUAUCAACAUUAUGGCAGGUUUAUGUUUCAGACUGAAGCACUUUACUGUUAUUUCCAGUUGAAAAAAGGCAAGUGGCAGCUUUACACUUAAAUGUUAACAUCUGUCAACAUAGACCAAUUUAGUUUCUGAUUUUUGUAAAUGAAGUUAAAGAAGUUUUAUUGCCAAAUCAGAGGGAAGAAGAAGUAUCCUUUUCCAAAGGCAGGUCACUGGAGCAAAUUUGGAUGCAUUAUGUGUUAUGGCUCUAGAGCACAGGCUUGCCACAGAAAUAAAACCUUUGCAUAAAAAAAUCUGACAAACUGAUGUCAGCAAAGUUUAGCUAGAAAGUUAAAAGUUUCCCUGUGAGCUGACUUUUUUUAUUUGUUGUUGGUGGUGGGAUUUUGUUUAUUUGUUUGUUUCAUCCCAGAUGAAUGAUCUAGCAAUGCUUUCACUGUUAUUUUAAUAAAUGUAAUCAUAUCAAAACA